AUGUUGAAAGAUGCUAAAAAAGAAAAAGAGAAACCGAAAUCGUCAAAAAUAUCAAUUAGCACCGAGUUCAAGAUAUCUGAUAUACAGACGUGUGGCAAUUAUGUGGUCUACCUGACUUCGUUUGAUAUACCAGUGGAAUAUGUUAAACUGGGUACAACAAUACAGAAUAUUGGCUUAAUGGUUGGCGCUAUCGUAGCUGGCAAUCUUGCUGAUAUCUUUGGUAGGAAAAAAGUACUGCUAUCAUUUACUGUCGGCUUAAUAAUAUUUCUUGUUGUUACACCAUUUUCGCCAUCUUUCAUUAUAUUCACUAUUUUUCGCUUCUUCGAUAUGAUCUUCACUGGAGGGAAGCAUUGUGUUUGCAAUCCGUAUUUUAUGGAAAAUUUACCCGACAAGCAUCGAAUGUGGGUAGCUACCGUGAUUACAUAUUCACCCAAUUACAUCAUCUUGGCUGGUAUCGCAUAUAUAUGUAAGAAAUGGAAAAUCCUGUCGUGGGUAGCUGCUUCCAUAGCGAUUCCUGAUGGAUACACCGCGAUGGCUGAUAAAAAAGGAAAGGGAGAUGAGGCAUCAAAGGCAGCUGUCUACAUUCGGAAAUGGGAUGAAAAACUUACACCGGAAAGAGAAGAGGAAAUUGUCGCUGUUGUUCAGGAUGCUGCGAAGGAGGAGCUGGUAAAAAUGGGAAAAGGAAAGAAAAAUUACUACUUUUAUCAUCUAUUCAGCGACUGGAAACUCGGCAGUUAUGCAGUUGUGUUUGCGACAAGUUUAUUUUCAACAAGUUUCAUAAGUUACGGUAUUGCGUACAAUAUGGACGCAUUGGCGGGUACAGUUUACAUUAAUGUCAUUAUUCUGGGCGCUGCAAGAUGGGCCAUUAAUAUAUCGGCUGCGGGACUUGAAUUUUCAAUUCAAAGUGUUGGACGACGUUUACUUCAUCUCGUUGCCGUUGGAUUUAUUGUUGUUAUUAUGGGAAUCAUUUUUGUCAUUUAUUUGCUUACAUGGCCAAGAAUUGACACCUACAAAGCAGUUGUAAAAGCUGGUGGCAUAGGUGAAGGAUCGAUCCAUGCCAUCAUUAUGUUCACGCGAUACGCCUCCCUUUUGGCAGCGGCAAUGUGCACCGAGUUAUUUGUUCUGGACGCUGUACAACCAACCGAGCUUUUCCCGACACCAGUCCGGAGUGCAGGAAUUGCUUUCAUUCAAACGUUCAAUCGACUGGGCACCAUUGUCAGCCCGCUUGUGUUCAUUCCGAGUAAGCACUGGCCGCCGGCGCCAUUUCUUCUGAUGUUGAUAACGAGCGCAGCCGACUUCUUGCUCUACUUCUUCCUUGUACCCGAAACUCGGGGUAAGAAACUACCCGACAAUAUGCCAGGUGAAGAACAUACUGUCCAUAACAGUCACACUCAGAGUUCAGAUCCCGCGAGGGAUGCAAAAAUAGAAGGUCAAGAUUCAGCUCGCAAAAUCACGUCUUCAACAUCACGACAGGAUGAGAAAGGUACCAAGAGAGAAACGAAAAAGAAAACGGAUGGGGUAAAAGGUAAUAAGGGAGAUGAGAAAGAGAGCAGUAGUGAUGGAAGAAAGUCCGAAGAAAAGAAAAGAAAGGAGGAGGAUAAAGGAGAUGGUGAAGAGAUGGGAGAGAAAAAAGAAGGGGAAAAACAGCAAAAGAGCACAGAGGGGAGCAAACCGGAAAAAAGCACGACAGAGAGCAGAAAAAGUGAAGAGAGAAGAGAAAAGUGA